UACAUGCAUUCCGCUGAAUUGGCAAUGUGAUGGUGAACCUGAUUGUCCGGAUUCUUCCGAUGAAAUCGGAUGCGAAAAACCAAAUUGUUCAUCAAGCAAAGAAUUUAGCUGUGUAACCAUAUCAAAAUGUAUCAAUAAAGAAUUAUUUUGCAAUCAAUUUGAUGACUGUGGUGAUAAUUCAGAUGAAAUCGAUUGUAUGGCAAGAGAAUGUGAUAUUGAAAACGAAACACGUUGCGAUAAUGGCCGAUGUAUACCAAGUGAAUGGCUUUGUGAUCAUUAUGAUGAUUGUGGUGAUCUAAGUGAUGAAAGAUGCAUUGAUCCUUGUUCGCCGGAAGAAUUUCGUUGUCAAUCUGGCCAAUGUAUUCCAUUAAUCUAUCAAUGUAAUAAUAAAACCGAUUGUCCGGAUAUGUCUGAUGAAUUUGAUUGCCAUUAUCGUACGAUAUCAUCACAAUCAUUGCCAAACGAUACGUAUGGAUCAUCAAAAAUAACCAUAUUAAAUGUGAAUAAAAAUCAAAAUAAAACACAAGAAAUUGAUGGUGGUGGUGGUGGUGCCAAUAAUAAUCUACUAGUAGUAGCCAAAUGUCCAAACGGACAAUUCAUGUGCCAUAAUGGUCUUUGCAUUUCCGAAUUAUAUCAUUGUGACAAUGAUAAUGAUUGUGGUGAUUGGUCGGAUGAAAAAAAUUGUGAUGGCCAUUUCAAGUGUCGUGUUACUGAAUUUCCAUGCCAGAAUGGACAAUGUAUAAAUCAAGAUUGGCGUUGUGAUGGUGAUUUUGAUUGUGAAGAUUUUUCUGAUGAAUCCAAUUGUCCAAGUCAAUCAUGUACAAAACAAGAAUUCCGUUGUCGAUCAGGCCAAUGUAUUCGAAAUAGUCUCCGUUGUGAUGGUGACAAAGAUUGUUAUGAUAAUAGUGAUGAAGAAGGAUGUUUAGAUAAUUUAGAAUGCACUAGUGGUAAUUUCCGUUGCCGUGAUGGAACAUGCAUCAGCUUAACAAAUGUCUGUGAUGGUGCUCCGAAUUGUCCGGAUGGUUCAGAUGAAGAUACAAAUUCGACGUGCAUUGCAAACAUUAUGGCUUGUCAUGAAAGUGGCUUUCCAUGUCAACAUAUUUGUGUUGCAACCACUACCGGACAUUAUUGUGCCUGUAAAGAAGGCUACCGUAAAGCUAGUGAUGGACGAUCAUGUAUUGACAUUGAUGAAUGUUUGGUCGGUAGCCUUCGAUCGGAUUAUUUAGAACAUUAUGUCAAUUUUCGCUUCACUGAUCAUCAUCAUCAUCAUCAUCCCGAACAUCAACACCAUCGUAAUCAAGCGUUGACACUGCCAAAUAUACAAGUGUGUUCACAAAAAUGUGAAAAUUCUGUUCCAGGAUUUCAAUGUUCAUGUGCCAAUGGAUAUCGACUACGGGUCGAUAAACGACGAUGUAAAGCCAUUCAAGCGCCUGAACCAAUUUUGUUUGUCGCAAAUUUUAAUAACUUAAGAGCUUUAAUUCUAGAUUCAACUAUUCUAGUCAAUAAUUAUUAUGCGCCAUUAUCAUUUAAUAGACUUUAUUCUGAAAUCGAUUCUAUAGACUCACUGUCUAUAGAUUCAUUGAAUUCAGAACUCAUUUACAACGAUUAUCAUUAUAAGAAAAAUCUUUAUUUUUGGACCAAUUCAAAAACAAGAAAAAUUUUUAGUGCCUUUGUUGAGAUCAAUCCAAAAGAUCUUAUUGCUUCAAAUCAUUCUUCCGUCAAUCACCAGCUGCCUUCCCCAUUAUUGCCGAUUAGGCUUCAGAAUGUGAAACCCAUAAUAGAAACCGGCAUUGUUGAACCAAAUAGUAUUGCUGUCGAUUGGAUCAACGAUAGAAUUUAUUGGACCGAUUCUGGUGCUUCAAGAAUCGAAUAUUGCAAUCUGGAUGGUUCAAAUCGUAAAGUAAUGUUUGCCCAUUCGGUGGAGAAACCGAAAUCUAUUGCCAUAAAUCCUGAUAAGAAAUCCAUCUAUUGGAGUGAUUGGGGCCAACCUGUACGUAUUGAAAGUUCGUUUAUGGAUGGUUCCGCCAGACAAAUUAUUAUAAGUGCUUUGCUUAUGAACCCUACUGGCCUUACGAUCGAUUACCCAGCCAACAAACUUUAUUGGAUAGAUAUCAAACAAAAUUUGAUUGAAUGUUCGAAUUUGGAUGGUUCCAAUCGUUAUACCAUAGUACAUGAUGAAGUACAGUAUCCUAUUACAUUGACCAUAUUCGAAGAUAAUCUUUAUUGGACUGGUCUUAAAUCAACAAAAAUUAAUAUUGUCAACAAACUGAGUGGAAAGCUUAUAUCUACAAUAGAGACGAGCCAUGACAAUUCUACUAAUGACCAAUUGAAUAUUAAUGUCAAAGUAUUUCAUCCAUUACGACAGCCAGAUAUCGAAUUUAAUAUUUGCCAUUCACAUACUUGUUCAGACAUUUGUUUGCCUAACAAUAAUUCUUAUCGUUGUCUUUGUCCAUUCGGAUUCAGUUUCAGAGAUGAAAACAGCAAAAAAUGUAAGAAAGAUUCCGAUUCAUUGUUGCUGUUUACUCGUCGAAAUGAAAUUCGAGCCAUAAAUCUCUCGAAGCGUAAAUUAAUGAUUGAACAAAAUAAUCCAUAUGAAGAAUUUAAUCUGGAUUAUGUUCUUCCUAUUCUUCGCAUUUCUUUUGUUGUUUCCAUGGAUUAUGAUUGGUCAACAUCAACCAUAUUUUGGUCCGAUCUACUUAAUAAAUCUAUCAAUAGUGCUCAUUGGACUGGCCAACAUCAAAAAGUCAUUAUUAGCUCUUCAUUGGAAGCGCCAUCAGGAAUCGCUUAUGAUUGGAUCACAAAAAAUAUUUAUUGGGUCGACACAGGACGUAAUGUAAUUGAAGUGUCUAAAAACAAUGGUUCAUUUCGUUCACUUGUUAUAUGGCAAUCAUUAGAUCAGCCUCGGGAUAUUGUUCUAGACCCACAAACAGCUCUAAUGUUUUGGUCCCAAUGGAAUAAUCAUACUGCAAAUAUUGAAAGAUCCGGAAUGGAUGGUUCAUUUCGUAUGAAGAUUCAUUCAACCAAUCUAACAAGACCGCAUGGAUUAGCUAUUGACUAUGCAAGUAAGCGUCUUUAUUGGACGGAUUCUAGUAAAUCACGAAUUGAAUACUCUUUUUAUGAUGGAUCCGAACGACGUACUCUUUAUUCAGCAAAUAUUCGUCAGCCUUUCGCUGUAGCAAUAAAAAAUGAUUUGGUUUAUUGGUCAGAUCUACAUUUUAGAAAUAUACAACAAGCUAACAAAAUCACCGGACGUAUGAGUAGCAUUGUGGCCGAAAAUCUUGACAAUCUAAUGGAUAUGAUCAUAUUUCAAUACAACCAUAGUACAUCUCGAGAUGAUUUUCGUAACUCGAUUAGAAAUAUUUGUCAUAGAUCUAAAUGUUCACAUUUAUGUGUUUUGUCAUCCAAUCAGCCUGGCUAUAAAUGUCUUUGUCCUAUCGGAAUACGGCUAUUUUCCGAUAACAUUACUUGUGCAUCAGAUAUGCAAAAAUAUUUGAUCAUGACAACACGUAACGAUAUUAAACGUAUAUCUCUUGAUACAGAAUAUCGUUUUGAUGUACGUUUACCACUCAAUCAAAGACUAUCCAAUGCUUUUGUUUUAGAUGUCCAUUUUCAAUCCGAUACUGUGUACUGGUCAGAUACUAACGAAAAUGUCAUUUAUAAAUCGAAUAUUCGGAAUGGAGAAAUUCAAAAAAUACUAAAUUACGGUCUUAGUGGCGUUAAUGGUUUGGCUAUCGAUAAUGUUGGCCAUAAAAUUUAUUGGACUGAUGCCGGUCGAAAACGAAUCGAAGUAGCUAAUUUAAAUGGAAUGUUUCGAAAAGUUUUGCUAAGUAAAGAUCUUGAUUCUCCUCGUGCUAUUGCUCUCAAUAGUAAAAGUGGUCACAUGGUUUGGGCAGAUUGGGGAUCACAAGUACGAAUUGAACGUGCCGAUAUGGAUGGAAAACGACGAGCAUUGAUUGUGAAUGAAAAUCUUGGCUGGCCAAAUGGAAUCACUUUUACCAAAUAUGGUCGAAUCAUAUGGACAGAUUCAAAAACUCAUACGAUCGAGAUGGUCGAUUUGAAUGGCAGUAAUCGGCGAACCCUAAUCAAAGAUUUACCAUCACCAUAUGGUAUUACCAUUAUGGAUGAUUACAUUUAUUGGACUGAUUGGCAAACAAAAUCAGUUAAUCGACUAUAUCUAAGUUCUGAUUAUGAAUCAUAUGUAUCUGCUCAAAUGAAUUCUAAAAUGGAGAUGGUUUCAAAAUCAUUGAACAAUUUGGUUGACAUUGUUGCUGUGAAUAAAGUUCCAGAUGUAUCAAUUCUAUCUAAUAAUCAUCAUAUGAAAACGAUAUGCCGUGAAAAUAAUAAUUGUUCACAUUUGUGCCUUCUGAAUAGUGACCCCGGUUAUUCUUGUCAUUGCCCUUCUGGUGUUGUCCUGUUAGAUGAUUUGACAACUUGUAAAUCAGAAAUAAGUGAACAAAUAUUGAUUGGCUGUGAAAACAAUAUUAGACGUCUUUCAUUAGACAUUGAAGAUUGGAUCGAUAUUUAUUUGCCAAUCAAUAACCUAAUUGAUGUCGUAUCGUUUGAUUUUCAUUAUCGUCACGGGCAAAUUUUUUAUGCUGAUUCUCAAACAAAUGAGAUACGAUCAUUGAAAAUUGUUUCAGGAAAAAAUCUAAGCCAAUUAGCUGAAGCAAGUUUAUUGAAAACAAUAACUAUUAUCACUAGUGAUAAUAAUAGAAAAAUAACAAGCAUCGCUGUCGAUUGGAUCGCUGAUAAUAUUUAUUGGAGCGAUCAAGAACGUCAUAUAAUCGAAGUGGCCAGAAUUGAUGGUUCUUCACGAAAAAUAUUGAUCGAUCUUGAUUUAGAUGAGCCAAAAUGUCUAGAAGUGAUGCCUAAUUCAGGUUUUCUUUUCUGGAUCAAUGGUGGCAAUAAUCAAAAAAUUGAAAGAGCUUUUUUAGACGGUAGUUCUCGAAUCAAAUUGAUUGAUUCAAAUAUUGGAUUAGUUAAUGGAUUGGCUGUUGAUGAUGGAAUUGAAAAUCAUGAUAGAACGCCUCGUAUCUAUUGGAGUGAUGAAGUGUUGAAAAGAAUCGAAACAGCCAUUGUCGAUGGCACUCAACGAAGAAUCAUAAUUGCUUCAGGAUUGACAUUACCAUUCAGUAUUACAGUAUUGGGUGAUUAUAUCUAUUGGUCGGAUCUUUAUCAUAAAGUUGUCGAAAGAGCAAAUCGUUGGACGGGUUUCAAUUAUGAUUUAAUUAGCGAUAAUAUUGAAAACAUCAAACAGAUCAGAGCGGUUGCUGAAUCAAAGCAAAAAAUAGAUUUUUAUUGGGAAGAAAAUCCCGAUAAUCCAAAUAUACCACAUUCAAAUCCAUGUGCCCAACAGAAUGGACAAUGUAGCCAUCUUUGUCUUUUUCGUUCACAUGGAUACAUAUGUGCAUGUCCUUUGAUUAUUGAUACACCAUGUUCGACUGUUCCUGGACAGACUAAUAAUUUAACAUCAACAAAAACAUUUGAUAUACAAACAUCAGAUUGGAAUCCAGAUAUUGAUGUUCAACAAAAUUUAGAUGUUAUUGUGAAUACUACACAAAAAACUAUUGUCGUUGAAUCGAAUGAAUUUUCCAUCAAUAUUGAAUCGAAUGAAAAAACCAAUCCAUUGAAUGAUAGCAGUCUGAUUGAUGAAAUUGACAAUCAUGUUGUAAAUCAAUCCUGUAUAUUGAAUCUAUACAAUUACAAUAUACCUAUGGUCAAUAUUUCUGAAUGUAUUACAUCGACAUUCAAUUUUUCCGGAGAUUUUUUACAAGUUGCCUGCAAAGUUUUAUUGAUUGUUUUACUUUAGUUAUUGUUUGUAUCAUCAUAAUGUUUUUAUUUAAACGAAAAUUACGAAAAACAGAUAGAUACAAACAUCACCACCAAAACCAUCAUCAUCGAUCGAACAAUGUUCAUAAUGAUUUUAAUAAUAAACGAAUUGAACAUCAUAAUACAUCAUUACCGCCACCACCACCACCACCGACGACGGCGACAACGGCGCUAUUGUCAUCACAGCCACGAAUUUUGGAUGAAAUUUUUCCACCAAUCUAUAGUGAUUAUAGUAACAAUAUGAAUAUGAAUAUGACACCCGUAGUCAAUGUUCAAUCAAAAUUAUCAUCAAACAUUAAAACUAUUAGAAUUAAUGAUGAUCCUUUUAGAUCUCAGCAUUUUAUCUAUGGCGAUGAUGAUGGUGAUGGUAUUCGUAUGGAAAAUCCUGUCAAUCAAUAUCCACCAACCAUUCAAUUUAAUCGAAAAUUAAUUAAUUUUCAAAAAUGAAUUAUUUGUAAUCUAAUUACUGAUAACUGCCAAUAAUAAUUUUGUGCGUUAUUUUAAUGAAUAAAUUUUUUUUUUUUUUUUUUUAAUUUCAAAGUUUCAAUUCUGACUGAUAGAUGGCGAAUUUUUCCACAUUUGGGCAUUUU